UCAACACGUAAAAAUUUCUCAUCCGACGAAAAAUGGACGAAAUCAAACAAAAACUCCUCGAAGCUGACCCUUUUAGCACGUGGUGGCCUUAUCUCGCAUCGGGACUCGUGUUCAUCAUCACAAUCAUCAAAAAUUUCAUGAGCGGCGAUAUGUGUCCAAAUACGAACACAAUUGAUGGUCAAGUCGUUGUGAUAACGGGCGGCAAUGGAGGCAUCGGCAAAAUGGUUUGUCAGGAAUUGUGUAAUCGCAAAGGACAUGUCGUGAUUGCCAGUAAAGAUCCCGAUAAAAUGGACAAAGUGAAACAUGCUUUAUUGAAAAAUAAUCCACGGGCAACGGUAGAAGUUCGUUACUUGGAUUUGCGAUCCUUCGACUGUGUACGGAGAUUUGUUAAGCAACUCGCUGAUGACUUUCAACAUAUUGACGUUCUCAUAAAUAAUGCUGGCAUCACAUUUUAUCCGUGCGGCAAAACUGUGGAUGGAUUCGAGACACAUUUACAAGUGAAUUACCUCGCUCACAUGUACUUGACAUGCCUAAUGCUGCGCGACAAAUUGCUGCAGCGCGACAGUCGCAUCGUGAAUGUCUCGUGUCACGCAUAUCUCUCCGCCAAAAUGACGAUUGACGAUCCGCUGAAUCUCGGAAAAUGGGCGCCAGCGUUUCAUGCACGCGAUGCCUUUGCCCAUUCGAAGGCGGCAAUCGUCAUGGCAUCGCGACAACUGAGUGACGUGCUGAAACAAAAAGGCAUCACGGUAAACGCAUGCACGCCGGGUCUCGUACGUGGCACAGGACACUUGGCAAAUAGUCCUUUGAUGGGAGCAUUAUGUGCAAAGGUAAUAACAUUCCCAUGGAUGUGGCUCUUCAUGAAAAGUGCUGACAAAGGAGCGCAAGUUAUCGUCCAUUUGGCAUCCGAUCCAAAGUUCAAAACUGACACGGGAGGCUUUUACAACGACUGCCAACUUGUAGAAAUCUCGGAUUUGGCGAAAGACAAAGACUUGCAGCGAAAACUUUUCAACGAAACGCUCAAAGUGCUGAAAUUAGAUCAAGAUAUUUUUAAUUAAUUAACAAAACCG